AGUUCCCGUGGGGUUGAUUCGCCGAGCCUCACAGACCAGUCUCUGCCCUGGCAACUCUCUCCGUUCUCACUCCUCACAACUGGUGGGAUAUGCAGUUCAAUGUCUACAUUUACAAGGAGGAGAAGUCGGUUGAUUGCUGGUUGUCACAGGUGUAGAGUCCGCCAUCUCAAGUGCGACACGGAAACCCCAACAUGCUAUCAUUGCAACCAAGCUCAGGUUCAAUGCUUUAGAAGCGUCAAUGUUCGAUUUCGUGAGGGAAUUGAUCUUCCCAAAGAUCAUGAUGUUGCAUUUCCUGAAAGGAAAUUUUGGCCACAUCCGACUGGGUCAAUUCACUUUUACGACGAGACUAUAGAAGUUAAGAGGUAUUACACUAUUGACGAAGAGCAAGAGUCUUUGGAGCAUUCUGCAGAUUGCUCCUAUGAUGCCAAUGCUGGUACAGCGUUAGAAAUAUCACGCGACUCCAAAGAGGCAUCGUUUUAUUUGGAGCAAGCGUUGCAGGAGAAUCGACCAUCUCCUCACAACUCAAUUCUACUUCCAUCUUGAAUCGGAGCUUUCCUUGGACUCGGGGGUUUUUCCCAGCCCACCUGGCCAUCUAUCAUUAAACAGGUCAUGGAAAGAUGCCCCCUCCCCUCAAUCACAACCCUUUUCUCUCAGUGAAAGAGAAGCUAUUCUUAUGCGAAAUUUUGUUGAGAAUAUGGCCUUGUGGGUAAGCUAGAGUUCAAAGUCUUAUCCGUGCUUUUUUUUGACAA